AUGGCUACUACCAAGGAGUCCUUCGCCUCCAAUGCCGCCGGCUUGGCCAAGUUCCGUGAUCUCGACCAGCGCGGCAAGAUCAUGGCCGAGUACAUCUGGAUCGACGCCGAGGGCAACACCCGCUCCAAGUCUCGCACCCUCGAGGAGAAGCCUGAGGGCCAGUACAAGCCCGAGGAGCUCCCCAUCUGGAACUUUGACGGUAGCUCAACAGGCCAAGCCCCUGGUGAGGACUCAGACGUUUACCUGAAGCCCGUCGCCGUGUACCCGGAUCCUUUCCGUCCUCCCAACAACAUCCUCGUCCUCGCCGAAUGCUGGGAUGCUGAUGGCACCCCUAACAAGUACAACCACCGUCACGAAUGCGCCAAGCUCAUGGAGCUUCACGCCAAGCACGAGCCUUGGUUCGGUCUUGAGCAAGAAUACACCCUCCUCGAUUUGAACGAUCGCCCCUACGGCUGGCCUCAGAACGGCUACCCCGCCCCUCAAGGUCCCUACUACUGCGGUGUUGGUGCCGGCAAGGUUGUCCAGCGCGAUAUCGUCGAAGCGCACUACCGCGCCUGUCUCUACGCCGGUGUCAAGAUCUCGGGAACCAACGCCGAAGUCAUGCCCGCCCAGUGGGAGUUCCAAGUCGGUCCUUGCGUCGGUAUCGAGAUGGGUGACCAGCUAUGGCUCGCCCGUUUCUUGCUGCACCGUGUAGCUGAGGAGUUCGCCGCCAAGGUAUCGGUCGAUCCUAAACCCAUCCCUGGCGACUGGAACGGUGCCGGUCUACACAGCAAUUUUUCUACGGCCGAGAUGAGGAAGGAGGGCGGCAUGAAGUAUAUCGAGGCGGCGAUCAAGAAGUUGGAGGGAAGGCAUAAGGAGCAUAUUGCUGUCUACGGCGAAGGCAACGAGAAGCGUCUCACGGGUCGUCACGAGACCGGCGCCAUCGACACCUUCACCUACGGCGUGGCCAACCGUGGUGCGUCCAUUCGUAUCCCCCGCGAGUGCGCCGCCAAGGGCUACGGUUACUUUGAGGAUCGUCGUCCUGCUUCUAACGCGGAUCCUUAUUCCAUUACUGGCAUUAUCAUGGAAACCUGCUUCGGUGCGGUCGAUGAUGCGGUUGAGGCUUAG